GAGUGGAUAGAAAAAUAAAAAUUAUAGAGAAAUUAUUUUACAAAAAAAAAAUAUCUCCUCUUCUGUUUCCUUACAUCUUUAAUUUUCCCUUCCCUCUUUAACAUUACCUCUUACCUUUAACAACACUGUAUACUAUCAACACAGGUGAUAACGACAUCAGAAACUUAAUUGACCACCCAAAAGGAUAGAAAAAAUGGCUCCAAGCAAGAUCAAGAAAGCCUUAGGGGCAAUGAAGGAUCAGACAACCAUAAGUCUAGCAAAAGUAGGAAGCAGUACCUCACUUGCAGACCUUGAAGUUGCCAUAGUGAAGGCCACAAGGCACAAUGAGCAUCCUGCAGAAGAGAAGUACAUCAGAGAAAUCCUCAGCUUAACUUGCUACUCUCGUACCUACAUCAGCGCCUGCGUCUCCACGCUCUCCAAACGCCUCAACAAAACUCGGAACUGGACCGUGGCCAUGAAAACCCUCAUCCUCAUCCAGAGGCUUCUCUAUGAAGGUGAUCCUGCAUAUGAGCAGGAGAUCUUCUUCUCAACUCGUCGAGGAACUCGUAUUCUAAACAUGUCUGAUUUUCGUGACCAUGGCAAGUCAAACUCAUGGGACUUCUCUGCGUUUGUUCGCACAUAUGCACUAUACUUGGAUGAGAGGCUUGAGUAUAGGAUGCAGAAUCGGCGAGGAAAGAGGAGCACAUUUGGAUGUGAUGAAGAAGAAGAUGAAAACAGAGACAAAGAUAAAGAGAAACAGAAAGAAAAGGAUAAAGAAUCAGUUAUGAGAUCCACACCAAUACGUGACAUGAAGACAGAACAAAUCUUUUCAAGGUUGCAGCAUUUGCAGUUGCUACUUGAGCGCUUUUUAGCUUGCCGUCCCACAGGAGCUGCAAAAACCCAUAGAAUUGUGAUAGUGUCUUUGUACCCCAUUGUGAAGGACAGCUUCCAGACAUACAGUGACAUAACAGAAAUACUCAGUAAUUUACUCGAUCGAUUCGAAGACUUGGAGAUCCAAGACUGCAUUAAAGUCUAUGACAUUUCCUGCCGUGUCGGAAAGCAGUUCGAUGAGCUAGACUUGUUCUACUGCUGGUGCAAGAGUACAGGCAUUGCAAGGUCUUCAGAGUACCCACAAAUUGAGAAGAUCACAUCAAAGCAGCUAGAGUUUAUGGAUGAAUAUAUCAAAGAACAGUCAGCUUUAGCACAAGGCAAGACGGCUAAAGUAGAAGAGAAAGAUGAACAAGAAGAAGAAAAAGAAGAAGAAGCUGUGGUUCAACAAACAGAAGAAGAAGUGAAUGCAAUAAAAGCACUACCACCUCCAGAGGAGGAACUAAAGGUUGAAGAAGUGAUUGAAGAACCAAUCAAAGAAGAACCUAAAGAGCAAGAACAAAAAGUAGCUGAUUUGCUACAUUUAGGAGAUGACAUACCUACCACAGGAGAACAAGGGGAUAAGCUUGCCUUGGCCUUGUUUGAUGGUGCUGCACCAGCAACAGCAAGUACCACCCAAGCUCUUCCAUGGCAUGCUUUUGAUGAAGAAGCAGAUUGGGAAACAGCAUUGGUGCAGUCAACUAGCAACCUACCAAACCAAAAGCCAGCACUGGGAGGUGGAUUUGAUACACUGUUGCUGGACGGCAUGUAUAAGCAAGCAGAAGUAAAUGCAGCCAUGCAAGGACCAGGGUUCGGAGUCACUGGAAGUGCCAGCAGUAUGGCGCUCGGGUCAGCAGGGAAGCCGGCAAUGCUAGCAUUACCGGCACCGCCAACAUCCGGAGGUUGUGCAGGUUUUGGGACAGCAAAUUCAGAUCCAUUUGCAGCUUCACUAGGUGUGGCACCUCCAUCCUAUGUGCAAAUGUCAGAGAUGGAGAAGAAACAGAGGUUGCUGAUGGAGGAACAGGUAAUAUGGCAGCAAUAUGCAAGAGAAGGCAUGCAAGGAGAGGCUACAUUGUCAAGGCUAGAACGGAAUGCUUACAUGGGAGCAUGUGCCCAACCUAACCCAGGAAGUAAUUGUCGAUGAAUGUUCUAGCUUUGAGAGUUUUGCUCAGUCCUCUAGGAACUCUUGUUUUCAUAUCAAGACCAGGUGCAAAAACAUGUCAUUUGGAUAGUGGCAAGUCACGAUUAUUAAUCCCUAAAAUCUAAACAGCUGAUUGCAGAAACAUGACAAAAUUAAAUCAUUGAGGGGGAAUGAAUCGUCCCAAAAUUGCUUCAAA